CGGGGGAGGAACGAGGAAGGGGAGAAGAUGGAAGGCAACAGGGACGAGGCUGAAAAAUGUAUAAAAAUCGCGUUAACGGCUCUCGAUUCGGGCGACAAAGAGAAAGCGCUGAAGUUUCUGAACAAAGCCGAGAAGCUGUAUCCCACUGACAGAGCCAAAGAUUUGUUGGAUGCAUUGACGAAAAAUGGAAGCUCUGCAGGAAAUGGUGCUUAUCGCAGGAGACCAGCCGACCAUUCACACGGCGCUGGGGCUCAGCCAGAGGGAGAGGGCCAUGAACAGGGGGGGCAGGAGACCAAGGGCUUCACUCAGGAGCAGGUGGAGGGUGUUCAAAGGAUAAAACGGUGUAAGGAUUUUUAUGACGUCCUCGGUGUCAGCAAAGAUGCCAGUGAAGACGAGUUAAAGAGAGCUUACAGAAAACUCGCUCUGAAGUUUCAUCCAGACAAAAAUCACGCCCCAGGAGCCACUGACGCCUUUAAAAAGAUCGGAAACGCAUAUGCAGUACUCAGUAACGCAGACAAACGCAGACAGUACGACGUGUUCGGAGGGGAGGAGCCGAGCAGCGCCGGUCACGCAAACGGAGGAGGGUUUGAUUUCCACAGAGGCUUCGAGGCCGAUAUCACCCCAGAAGACCUUUUCAAUAUGUUCUUUGGAGGCGGUUUCCCUUCAUCGAGUCCACACACUUUCAGCAAUGGCAGAUCUAGUUACAGUCACCACACAGACGGACAGGAAAGAACAAACGACAGAGGAGAUGGUGGUUUCUCGAUGUUCAUUCAGAUCAUGCCAAUCCUAGUCUUAAUUUUAGUGUCAGUUCUUAGUCAGAUGAUGGUUUCUCCUCCACCGUACAGUCUCUACUCUAGACCGUCCACAGGUCAGACCGUAAAACGCCAAACAGAAAACCUACAUGUCGACUAUUACGUCACUAAAGAUUUCAAGUCUGAGUUCAAGGGCUCGGCGCUGCAGCAGAUAGAGAAGAGUGUAGAAGAAGACUACGUAUCUAAUGUCAGGAAUAACUGCUGGAAGGAGCGCCAAACGAAAACAGACCUGCUGUACGCUGCUAAGGUCUACAGGGACGACCGCAUGCGCAAGAAAGCAGAACUCAUGACCAUGGAUAACUGUAAGGAGCUGGAGAGACUAAAUAAUAUUUUUAGGGGCGGAUGAGCUGGACUGUAAUGAAUAAUGUAAGUGUAUGUGAAUAGAUGUUUAUUUUUAUUUCAAGAAAGUCUUAAUACUAGAAGCAAAUACAUAAAUCACUUAUGUAGCUCUGGUUGCGUAUUUUUUAUACUUUUUUCUGUUAUUAGCAUUAACUUCCAUCAAGACUGGCGUAAUCAGAGCUCACUCAAACCACUUCGGAUUGUAGUCGAUUUGUCUUAUUGAUACUUUGCAGCUGGUGUCAUUAACUUUCUCUGGGGGUGUGAUGCUAACGUGAAGCACUGCUCUGUCUGAAACUCUGUUGCUCGACUUAAUCUGAGCUUUAAUUUAAGACAAUGUGAUGAGAAAGAGGUGACUUGGUUGGAACUACAACAGGUGAGAUGCUUUUCUUUUCUCUGUCAAGAUGUUAUUGCUGUAUCUGAAAUGUUUCACAGUGUGGCAUUAAACUGUUCUAUCUUCAUGGAGACCAAACUAGACCAAGUUACAGGUCAGAUCUGUGGAGAGUGACCCCGCUCACAAUAAGAAUAACUGUUUUUCUAUGUAUUUUUGAGCUGUAAAACCACCUGUAAUUGAAUAAAUGUGUGUUUAAUGUCAUACUGUGGAACAUUUCAGGCACAUUUGACAGACACACCACCAUAAAAGUUACACAGUGCAUCUUUAAACAAGUCUAUAAACAAGUUUAGUUUGUCACUUUCACCUUUUUGUUGAAAAUCAAACACCUAAACAGGACCAUGAGUGCUCGAAUUUAUCACCGGCUCCUGAAAAUGUGUUAGUUAAAUCUAUUUUGUGUUUAUUUUCUUGAGUUUUCAGUCGUGUGUGCGUGUGCAUUGUGUCACCAUGGUAACUGCUACAUGCAUCUCUCAUGGUGGAGCGUGUAGAACACCCCCAGCAUGAUGUCACUGCAAAGUAUCAAUACUGUUUCUUUUUUUUUGUUUUUUGUUUUUUGUUUUGUUUUGUUUUUAUGAAUAAUUUUAGAUUGUGCUUUCUGAUGGCGGGAAACUAAAAGAUUGUGAAUUACUGACAGGUUUGCAGUUUUCCGCUCCAUCUUGAGAAAGCAUAAGCAAGCCGUAAAUAAAACAGAUAUAUCCCUUAAAGUGGAUUGUUUUAUGAGUUCUCCAGGCUCUGCCCUCUGUGUACAUAGGCUUAUAUAUGUUUUUGUUUAGCUGCACUGAAGGACAAGGAAAGACUUGAAUGCUUUUUGGCUUCCUCAAGUCCAAUGAAGACACAAUUUUACAUAGAAAUCAUUUUAUAUUUCCUCCAAAAUGUGUAUAACUGGAUCGGAUAAAUUAUUGUACAUUUCUGAAUGUUUUUGAAAAUGUAUUUAAAUAACAACUAUAGACAAACAUUUUAUUUAAUGCUUGAAUAAUCAUUUAAAUAAAGUGAAGAUUACUAUUAA